UCACUAGUUACGUUAUGAAUUGUGAUAUGUCAAAAUAAAUUUUGAAAGUUACUCUUAAAUCUCAAUCAAAACAUAAAGCGAUUAAUUGUUAUUAUUCAACAUUUAUUAUAUAUUUUAAUUGUUAACUCAAUAUGGUUAUUACUUGCUGUGUCCGUGGUUGUAGGAGUGAAAAUUAUCCUGGAUCUGGAAUAUCUUUUCACGCAUUUCCACAUAACACUGAUAUAAGAAAACAAUGGAUAAAAGCAGUAAAGAGGGAAAAUUGGAAGCCAACCCAGCAUUCUCGUAUCUGUUCAAAACAUUUUCCUCAAGAAUAUUUCAUUGCGGGAAGAAAAAGAAGCAUGUUACAUAAGGAUGCCAUACCUACGUCAUUUACUUGUAAUACUCAUAUAGAAAAGGAAAUGUCACCAGAAAGCAGAAUCGGUAUUUCGCCGGACAGAAGCAGUUUCCCUGAUCCCGAUCACAUAACGACGAUCAUUGAACGAAAAAAGACAACAUUGAGAAACAUCAGACCAUCGAAAAGACCGAUUGUCAUAAUAAAGUCCCCAUCGAAUAUUGCAACGUUUGAUGGCAAAUUGGCUAAAAUAUUUCUGAAACAGAAGGAGAGGUCUAAGAAACUUUUACAGCGGUUACGCUCUAGUCAAAAAUUGUGUAAGACUUUGAGAAAUAAAGUUGUGCUAUUGAAAGAUGAAAUAAAACAAUUAAAAAACAAAACAGUGAAUAAUAGUGCUCCACUAAUAUUGACUCUAUCAAAUGAUAUGUAUGAAAAGGAAACUCUAACGAUCCGGGUUGCUAGAUCCGAAUAAUAUUUUAGUGUUGCUAUUGUAAAUAAUGUUAAUUUUUUUAUUAAGGAAUUAUAUAUUUAGAACAAGUUUUUU